UAAUGAGGGUAAUCACUUGGUUAAAAAAACAUUCGGCUAUAGACAGUCUAGGAAUUUAACAAAGCUUUGAUUUCAUCAUGGCGUUAUAGCUCAUCGAUCCCACAUUAGAAAUAAUUGGAUUUUACAUUUUAAAGCGGCUCCUGGCACAUUAGAUCACCCAUAGGAACCCCAGAAUUCUAAUUUUAAAAGGGAGGUUCACCUUUUGCAAAGAAGUAGAACUUUAAACAAAUACAUUUCCAAGCACCGCUAAAAUACUGGCCUGGUGGCAACCGUAUCCCCAUUUAGGGUUGCCACCUUUUCUGUAAAAAAAAUACCAGGCUUCCUAUAAAUUUAUAAUUUUUCCCUAUUAAUAACAUUGGGAUCAACCAUCAUUUUUACCGACCCGGCAGGUAAAAUACAGGCCAGGUGGCAACCCUAUACCCAUUACAUCUGGCAUCAAAGUUUGUGCUUUUCCUAACUCAAGUUUAAGCGUUGAUGCAGAGAUUAGUAAACUUUAAGCAAGGAAAGCCACAGCUUUAGGUAAGCCUGGAUUUAAAAUAUUUGUGCCCCUUGACCAGACAGUCCAUACAUUCCUGGAGAGGUACCAGGAGUGCAUGGACUGUCUGGCCAAGGGGCAUGAUAUUUUUACAUUUAUACAUUCUGACAAUCCAUGGUUAAAUAUGGUUUCUACUUCAAACCGCCAAAUGUAAAAGCUUUAGUAGUUUUCAGUUUCAGACUAGGGCACCAAGGGUUUACCAGAGAAGCAAGGGUUUACCAGUCAGCUCUAAAACCUUUUGAGAAAAAUGUUGGUCUCUCCAUGUUUGAGAGAUUUGUGCGCUGCCCUGUUGCUAGUACCAGGGUCGGACUGGGAUGUCGGGACACCAGGAAAAAACCCAAUGGGCCCCGGCCUCGGAGGUACAGAGGAGUUUGCGGCUGGGGGGCCCAUGAGGCUGGGCCCACCAGUUCGACCAUGGCUAGUAAAAGCUGUGUAAGAGCACAAACCAAUGCAAUUCAUGUAGCAGAUGAGGAUAGCACAGAGAGGCAAUGUGCAGGCUAAACUUUCUGGUCCCUUGCUGUUUAUAACCAAGGAUACUGUAUAAGGUUGUUUUGGGGAUUUUUUUAGCUGUUGAUCUGCUAUUUAAACUGUAUAAAUCUUUCUUGAGAUAGGUGUCAAAAACUCAAAUUAGUAAUAAAACUGAAAUUUGAGUUGGUGAAUUAAGAACUCGAAAUUGUCAGUUUUUACCAAAAACACUAACUCCAAAAUUUAAUUUCGAACCUUGGUAAAUCUGCCCCUCAAUGUAUUCCAAUGGGAAAAAAACAUCUUUAAAAUGUUACCUUGUCGGAUGAAGAUGCAGCGUUCACAUUUCAAUGUUAACACAUUAGAUCCUAUUAUAUUUUGACGCAUGUGACUACAUCUGACGUAUUGGAUGCGAUCUGACACCACCCGACAAAAGUGCUUGUGGAGUUUAGCCCUUAAGAUUUUGUUCUACUGAUGGUGAUAAUUUGUUCUUUAUUACAUACUAUUUUUAACACUACAGCAGCCAGAGUCAUAAGAGAGCCCUGGAAGUUUAGUUGCUGUGCUUACUUUCCCCUAAGAGAUCACUCCUAAAGUAAUCCUAAUCUUUCUUACAAGCUGGACCUAGCCUGUUUUAGCCAAGAUAAGGUUACAUAUCUUUGAUACUAACUAUACUGUACCACUGAAACAGAAAGUUUCAAUUCUGUAGCGUGACUGAAGUUAAUUUUGCUUCACAAACCCAAUAGAAAAGAAUUUGGAAAUAUUUCUGCAGGUUGCUGCUACACUAGGCGCUGAGCACAUUGGGUUUACAGGUGUCUGUAUUGAGUAGUUUCUGAUGUAUCACAAGGAAGGAUGAUGUUGACAUUGAAGCCAGAGGAAAAAGUGCAGAUAAAAAGUGCAUACUCCUGGCCCAUGACUGAUCAAAGUUAAGACAAACAGACAAGCAGUAGUGACCAGCUUAGCACCCAAAUUUUCGUUUUGGAUUGUAUUACAUACCUACAAAUGAGAUUUUCAAAUGUAUCCUAUAGAUAGCUACUCAAUUGUUGGUGAGAUAUUUUCAUGCAAACCAUUAUGAAGUCUAACUGCAUAGUUCAUUCAAAUGACCCUCAGUGGCCACUGAGAUCACUGUAGCCCAGGAUUUCAAGCUUCUUCAAGAACCCAUCCAAGCCACUUUUAAAGACUUAUAAUAAAAUCUGCCAAAACAUCAUCCAGCAGGGUAUUGUAUAACCAUUCUUCCCUUACCAUAAAGAGCCAUCUACACUGCUUCAAAUGUAAGUUCAGUUCCUUUAAUCUAAAGGAGUGCACUCUCGUUCUAAAUUUUUUAUGUAUGAACCCCCCCGAUAUUUGUCUAUAAAGUCCUCUAAUGUAUUUUUAAAGGAGAACCAAACCCUCGAUAAUAAAAACCCCUACCCACUACCCUACAUAGACCCUCCUCCCUGCUCCCCCCCCCCAGCCUAGGUGGUACCUUUAGUAAAUGCCCCUAACUCUUUACUUACAACUCAGUGAAGAUUCAGGGCGUCGAAGUUCACCAUCUUCUCCGGUAAUCUUCGGGAAGAACAGCGCAUGUGCAGCUGGAGCAAUCUUCAGCUUUGCGACAAUUGCGCAUGCGCCGAAAGUCACCGAAAUUGCCAAAGCACCGGAAGAAGACCCGAAGAUUACUGAAGAGAAGAAGAUGUCGUCUGUGAACUCCUAUGCCCUGAAUCUACACCUAGGGGUGAGUAAAGAGUUAGUGGCAUUUACCAAAGGUACCACCUAGGCGGGGGGUAGGGGUUUUUAAUUAGCAAGGGUUUGGCAAUAAUUAUGCCCCCUCACAAGUGUAUUUUCUCCAGUGAAAACAAUACCAACCUUGACAGUCUCAUUGUUUAAUUAUUCUUUAUAUCCUUCUUAAUUAGGGGCUGUAAAAUGGCACUGCAUAUUCCAGGUGAGGCCUUACCUGGGAUCUAUAAAGAGGCACAAUUGUCUAUUUAUCUCUCAAGUUAAUGCCUUUUUAAUGUGGGAGUACUUUAUUUAAUUUAUUCGCCACUGACUAUCACUGCUAAACACUUCUCAAAUCUGGAGGCCCACAACCAGGGCACGAUCAAUUAAGGGGUCCCAUACAACUACAUGAACAGGUCCCUCCCUCCGAAGGGGGCCACAGUUAUUAUGCUACUUGUUACCAUGGGAUGUGGGUUCUGAUAACAAGUGAAAUGGGGCUCCAAUGGGAAUGCCCAUUUUGCCACCAACCAAACCACUCUAUAUCCAUCUUGGGGCCCACAACUGUAAUACCCCCUGAUGGUGGCACUGAAGGCAGGAGGUAGGGUUAAUAUUAUUAACUUUAUUAUAACGUUAAUAUUAUUAACACCCAAAUAUUUAUUAAAGAUUCACCUUUGAGUUAACUUUUAGUAUGAUGCAGAAAGUUAUAUUCUGAGACAUUUUGCAAUUGGCUUUCAUUUUUUAUUUGUAGUUUUUGAGUUAUUUAGCUUUUUAUUCAGCAGCUCUCCAGUUUGCAGUUAUCAGCAAUCUGGUUGCUAUGGUCCAAAUUACCCUAGCAACUAUAUAUUGAUUUGAAUAAGAAACUGGGAUAUGAAUAUGAGAGAGCCUGGAUUGAAUGAUGUGUAAUAAAAAGUAGCAAUAACAAUAAAUGUGUAGCCUUUGUUUUUUUAGAUGGGAUCAAUAACCCCCAUUUGAAAGCUGGAAAGAGUCAAAUAAUUAAAAAAAAACUAUAGAAAAUAACGAAUGAAGACCAAAUGGAAAGUUGCCUAGAAUUGGCCAUUCUAUAACAUACUUAAAAGGUGAACCACCCCUUUAAGCCUAUUAUAUGUCUAAGACCUGUAUGGUAAAAUAGAAAAAUUCAAGACAAAUAAAGAAUGCCUUUCUAUGAGUUAUCUGUGCAUUACCCAUAAAAGCAGCAAGUUAAGGUUUUACAAAGUGACUUAAUUCCAUGGAGUCUUCUCACAAGCUGCAGCACUUCUCAGCAAUUACUGUAUCAAAACUGAAGAAUGGUCUCACUAGAUUAUGGCUACUGCACUCUGCUGAUGCCUUUGUUGAUCACAGGACUAUGUUUAGGGCCAAACAUAAAGUUAAAAGCUACCUACAGAAUGCAUUUUAAAAAGCAUACCAUUUUUUAAUGUCAGAGAUAUACAAUAUUUAGUUUUAUUUUUUGUUUACAAAUUAACAUUUUUAUCAUUAUGCUGUACUAGUUAUUAAAAAAGGGGAGAUCGCGAUGUACAUGUUUCUAUCCAAUGCUGUACACCAGAAUGUGCCACUAUGAUCCCUUAGAAGUGUACCUUUCAAGGUUAACACUACAGAUAGAUCUAAGAUAAUCCUAUGUAAUCAGCUAUUACUAGAUGAGUAGGCACCACUCUGGCUUCCUUUUCCAGAAAGCAGCUCACACAAACACUGUACCAUGUACACAUCGCUUGAUGUAUUACUGAUUGCAUGAAACCAUGUGUUUGUUUCUUUAUCUUUAUAUUGCCACACUCAUUGCUGGAAAACUGGAAGCAUUUUGUCCAUCACAAUGUACCUGUAUUUUCCAUGGCAGAAGUGAUGGAACUGGAUCAAGGUCUGUUCUGUGUAAUGAUCCUGAUAUGUUUGACAUCCCUGUCAAUGUUCCUGUGGACACUGUGAAGCUCCGCAUUGAAAAGACCGUCAUUCGUAAAAUUCCCACAGAAGCCUUCUAUUACCUGGUGGAUUUAAAAUACCUUUGGGCUACCUACAAUAGCAUAUCUAGCGUCGACUCUAGCAGUUUUUAUAAUCUCAAGCAACUACAUGAAUUGCGCUUAGAUGGGAAUACAAUAUCUGUGUUCCCAUGGGAAUCGUUAGCAGAGAUGCCAAGUCUACGAACUUUGGACCUUCAUAACAACAAGAUAGCAAGUGUUCCAGCAGAAGCUGCCCGCUACCUGAGGAAUAUUACCUAUUUAGAUCUAUCAAGCAACAAGCUGACUACUCUCCCUCCAGACUUAUUGGAUAUAUGGUCCCCAUUCUCUGAGAAAUCACAGAUAAGCACAGAUUUAUUAACACAGAGAGUUAUACUGGGGCUACAGGAUAACCCAUGGUUCUGUGACUGUCGUAUUUCAAAGCUAAUUGAACUCUCCAAAACAACAGACCCACACAUCAUUUUUCUGGACUCUUUAGUUGUCUGCAGUGGCCCUGAUUCUUUGGCAGGCUUUUUAUUCCAAAGAGUUGAGCUGGAACAGGAUAUGUGUCUCAAACCCUCAGUGAUGACUUCAGCCACGAAAAUUACAUCUCCACUGGGCAGUAAUGUGCUACUGCGUUGUGAUGCCUCUGGAUACCCCACUCCACAGUUACUCUGGAGUAGAACUAACAAUUCAGCAGCAAAUUAUACAGUUGUUCAGGAGACUCCAACAGUUGGUGUGAGAUGGUCCAUUCUGAGUAUGAAUGGUAUUUCAUACAAAGAUGCCGGAGAAUACCGAUGCAAGGCUAAAAAUUUUGCAGGAGUAGCAGAAGCGUCAGUAACCGUCAUAGUAGUUGGAAUUGUCACAACAACGGCUUCCUCCCAUCACUUUGACCGGGGACUGGGGGCAGAGCCAAUGAGUAGCCUGCAGACAGAAACCAAGGAAGAAUUGAGCAAAAUAAGUACAACUUGGCUUCCCCUUCAGUUAUCAACAGUGCCUAUUCUACAAACAGAGACUCCAUUGACAGCAACUGUUCCUCCAACAAGUAUAGCGCUUACCACUGCUAAGGUUCCAAAGAUAAAAUUGCCAAAGGCAGUCUCGGCUACAAAGAAAAACCCCAAGAUGCCGACCCAGCAGGCUGCAAACAAACUUACUUCAGAACAAAAUGGCGUGGUGGGAAAUCUAAAAGUGAUCACUGAAUCUGAAGACCGGGUGACUUUGACUUGGAAGACUUUCAAUACCACAAACAGCUCCAACUUGGCAGUGUUGUACUCAAAAUAUGGAGAGGAAGAAAUGCUCAAAUUGAGUACAGAUCCUAGUAAAAAUAAAGUUACUAUAGAUGGUUUGGAGCCUAACACAAAAUAUAUGGCCUGUGUAUGCCCCAAAGUAUCUCAGCCCAAGAAAGACCAGUGUAUUGUAUUCUCUACUGAUUCCUUACUACCCAUCGAGAGCAGCUCUCAAGCAUCUAUUCUGGUCAUUGCUAGUAGCGUGGGUUGUGUUAUUAUUUUACCUGUUAUUGUCUUCUUAUUUUACAAAGUUCUGAAACUGCAAAGGAAACCAAAAUUUCCUGGGGAGGAGGACCUUUUAAAAGAGACAUAUGUGAAAUUUGAAACUUUGUCAUUAAGACCAAGGGCAAUAAAUACUGCAGGAGAGCUUUGGGCACGAAGGGAUACAACUGAAUCAGAAAGACUUCUUCUGUCUUCCAGAUCAAGCAUGGACUCUCAGACUACAUGUAAAAGUGAAGGUUCUAAGCCAGAAUAUUACUGCUAAUUUGUUUUGUUUUUCCUUUCUUUUUUUUUUUUUUAUGCGAUUAUGUGAAAAUGAUUCUUUCUUUAUUCUGCCAGUGUGUGAAUGUCAAGAGUGCAUCACUUUCAAAAGAAUCAGUGAAAGGAGGACCAAGCCAUUUCUGUUGCUUUAUGUUUAUCCGUUGUGCACAUUCUAAAUAUUUAUUUUUGUGUAUUUCAAUAAAAAGGAAUAAACAUGA